AAUGUUUUUACCAAAUUUGAAGAAAUGAAGAAAGUAUCAAAUUAAAGCUUUGCUUUUCACAUCUAUGAGCUUAGAUGUGAAUUCUUGUUAAAUUGUCACUGAUGAAGUUACAGUAAGUAACAGUAACAGUAAAAUAUUGUUAUUCAGUUCUGGCAACAAAGACCUCAUGCAGAAUAUUCUACAAACAAUGUGGCAUUUGAGAGUGGAAAUUUACUCAAAUGUUUAACCCUGAACUUUCACUACUACGGUUGUGUAACACCCUUUCAGACUUUCCUGCCAAACAAAACAAAAAGGUGACAUGUGAAACACUGGUCCUUUUACAUUUUAUCAAUUUGAAAUUUCACAAAUUAAAGUAGCUGAGACAAUGUUAAUGUGUAUGGGUCUACAAGUCAGUUCAUUUCUGCUUCCGAAAGGUCAAAGUUAGAAUUGUUGUUGCUGUUCUUGUCUGAACAGCCUGUUAGUAGGAAUGAGUUCUGCCCAAUCUUUGCCUCGUGCCGUUUCCUCUUUUGCUUUUGAUCUGACUUUGCUCAAGCAUAAAGCGCCACCUUGUGGAUGCAAAAUGUUUUUCAAAAUACAAUACUGUGGCAGGAUGCAUCCAUGCAGGAUUUUAAACCACAUCAUUCUGCAAAUAGUACAUUGUUAUUUCAAUUACAAGACAAGAUUUCAUGAGAUCAGGAUCUCAUUAUGAUCAACAACUUGAGCCCUUUAGCUUAUAUUUGUUUACAUUUAAAAAAAAAAAAAAAAGUACACUGAAUUAGAUAUUAACAGUUCCUGUUUGUACCGUUGGCUGUACUGACAAUAUUGAAUUAUUAAGAUAUCUUUAAAAUCUUAUGAUUCACAGGCAAGUUCUGAAAUACCCCAACUCCAGUCUCUGUACUUUACAUGGUCAACAUGAUAGUUUUCUCAUGAGACCCCCCAGUGGCAUUAAAACAUUUAAAUUGUGCACAGUAUUUAUGAUUCAUUAUGAACUGCAGCCCUGUCCCACACAUCUUAGUCAUUGUGGCAGAGGAAGCUGGGCGGUCUCUGUCGUUAUGGGUGGAGCGUGCAGUCAGGAAAUGUGUUUCUAAAAAAAAUAAAAAAAAUAAAAAAAAAUGCUGUGAAACUGUUCCCUCGUUCACAUGAGUUUGAUGAUGAGGCUGAUUCCACCGGAGAGUCCUCCACAUGAAGUUUAUUAUGAUUUCAACUCAGAGAACAACGCAAAGGACCUGAGCUGCAGUUGCCCGGACGUCUGCGAAGUGCUUAAAUAUGCAUGUUAGAAACUAGCUGAAGAUGCAGGGGGCCAUUGCACGUGUGUGUGUGGUGGUGGCUGCUGCCAUACUAAACCGUCCCUUGCUCUUUCCUCAAGAGAACACCACGCUCCCGGACCAGGACGAGGAGCUGAUGGCUCGCAUGCGGGAGCACGAGGAGAGGCUGGAAAUGGAGCAGGCCAAGCUGGAGAGAGAGCUUUCACAGCUUGACCCAAAGCCAGAAGAAACCACCUCAGAGGAAGGUUAUAGUUGGUACUUUUGGAGCGCUGUGUCUUUCAUCAUAUUCUUCACUAUCGAGAUGUGCAGGGUGGAUCUUGCUGACACAGAAAUGCGACCGGCUGAUGAUGAAGACAUAUUUUCAGAGAGUGGAUCCAUCACCCCCAAGACAAUGGUACUAGAUAAAAAUAUCCUGAGUAACUUCUGUGACAAAUGUACCUACACUUCAGCCCAUGAAAACUGGAGGGUGAGGGAGUUUGUUGAGGGUUUUGCAGAUGAUUUACUGGAAUCGCUCAGGAGUAUGUGUGACAGGGAGGCAGACAUGGAAGUUGGGGACUUUGUCGGAAUUGGAAGCAUGUUCGAGUCUUGGAAGGUGUGCAAGCCUCUAAUGUGCGACCUUGUAGUGCCUUUCUCGCCUCCAGAUCCAUACUCCUUCCAGUUUCAUCUGUGGUGCAGCCCUAACAGUGACAUGCCUCCAGACAUGCAGGGCUGUGGCAAGAUAAAGGUGACCAGGUUUGGGGAGAGCGAGGACGGCUGUGUCUGUGGCUCUGCUAAUCUGGGAGAGGACGUGCUUUGUCUGUUGCAUAGCAGGAAUGAAGCCAUCAAAGUGGACCGCAGUCCUGAUGAACUGCUUUGCUCCAAGAACACACCUUUCUUGGCCAAAGAUCAAGUCAUGAAGUGGUUUCAGAUCUCUGUAACCAAAGCGUGGGGACGCAUCUCUCACAAAUACGACUUUGAGGUCACUUUCCGUAACUUGGAUGCCGCCGGUGCUCUGAAGAUCCGAUUCCGUUCAGGGAAAGUCAUCGUACUGAACAUAAUACCUGUGGUUCAGCUGGAGGAUACAGAUGCUUAUUUUGUCUCGCACUUCCCGUCAGAUUGUGACAGCUCUCCAGGCCCACACUGGCCCCUCUCCUUUGCUGUCUAUGAGAGGAAUUUGCUGAAACAUUUCACUAAACGUCUGCCACAAAAUUCCUGUCAUUUACACUGUCUUCAGGUUGUUACUUUCUUACACAGAAAGCAGACGGGGCUCACAGGAAAGAGCGCCCUUACUAACUACCACAUAAAGACUGCUCUAAUGCACUUGUUGCUGAGUAAAAGAUCCUCUGUGUGGGGCAUUGGGAGUAUGGAGCACAGGCUUCGGGAUGUGCUCAGCUUCCUGCAGAGGAGCCUACAGGAGAAGAGACUUCAUCAUGUUCUGAUUGGGAACAGCAAAGUGCCAGAAGAAGUCCACGUUCCUAAGUUAAUCCGCAAAGCAGAGCCCAUCAAUCUGUUCAGGUCUCUGGUGCUGCAGACAGAGCUUUACGCUGCAACAGUCAGGCAUUUUCAGGAGAUGCUGAGAAAUGCACCUGUGCUCAUACAAGAGUACACACCUCACUUAUCAAAUGGAGGUUUACACCACAGCCUAGAUGAAAGGUUGUGAGCACUGGCCACAUCCAGUGUAUGAAUUAUUUCUAACCUUUACCAGCAGAUCUUAAAAUGUCAUUCAGUGUUACUUAAGGUGAAGUUCCUAAUACAAGGUGCACAUAUAACAGUUGUUUCCAUUUCAGUUCAGCGGUUUUGCUGUAGCUGCUUUCGUUACACUUGACACAGUAACAAUUGUGUGUGUGUGUGUGUGU